AUGGCGGCGGUGAGGUGCUACCUGCGGGACGGCGACCCGCUGUUCAUCCGUUCGAACCUGUCGAAGCUGGAGGCCGGCACGCUGACGCGUCUCGCAGUCGGGGACACCGUCAGAGUGGCGAGACGGUGUCGUGGGGAGAAUAAGGAGGGAGGGCAGGGCAUCGUGCUGGCCGUGCUGCCGGAAUAUUUCUACGAUGUCAAGUACGUCGGCGGGGUCGAAUACGGCGUCGACGCCUGCUUCGUGGAGAAGAUCAAACUGGGAAGCACGAAGCGCAGAGGCGGGACCUCCAGAUGCGGCACGUGCAACUCCUUCGAGUCCGAGUGCACCUGUCAGGCGCCGUCCCGCGGGGGCCGGUCGGCCGCGGCGGCGGCGGCGGCGGCAGAGGAAGCGGCGCUGGCGGCCGCAAAGAAGGCGUCCAUGUCGUCCUUGCCGUCCUACCUUCGGGGCGGCGGCGGGUCACCGUCGGUAUCUCCGCAAUCUCCGAAGGAGAUCGCGGUCCCGGGGGGAGCCUUUCGAAGGGGGCGGGAACGAGCUCACCCUCUCAAGAGACCCCGACCCGCCGGAAGCAGUCAGGAGGCCAAGGAGAGGGAAGAAGCCAGACCAGACCCACCGAGAAAGCAGGCUGGUGGCGGUGUACCGGGGGUUCCACCACGUGUGUGGGGGGGUGGGGGUGGCGUCGAACUGAAGAAGGCCGCCGUAGACGACCGCAGUAGUUCUCUUCAAUCCGGGGAAGGGGGACAGGGUAUGGAUGUGGAGGACGAUGGGUUACCAAGGCGCAAGGUUAGCCACGGAGAUACCUUCGGUAGCGGGGCGGUGCCGGGCGGAGCAGGUGAGAGCGCCACCGCCGCCGCCGCCGAAGGAACAGAAGGAGACCAAACACCGCCCCAGCUUUCGAAACGAUACGACAAAGACUCCGGCGGGGGUGAUGACGAUGCCGAGGCGAUCUGGACGGAGCAUGCCCAAGGAAGUCACGACCGAGAGAUCCCCUCCCACGGACCUGACGCCCCCGCGAAGGGCACGUUGCGUCGCGGCGGUGUUGUCGACAGUAGCAAUCACGACCCCGUGGAAGGCGGCGUCGGCGGCGUCGGUGGCGGAAGCGAUGGAAAUCGGCGAGACCCUGGAGAGGAGGAAGAGUCCCAGCCGUCGUCUAGCCGAGACGUGUGGCGGCCUCGAAAGAAGGAGCUGGUCGAGGUGGCGCGACGCAUGGCGCCGGGUAUGAACAAGCUCGGAGGUACCGCGCGCGUGGUGAAGGUCGACCCGGCGACCGGUCUGGUGGACGUCCGGUUCGUCGUGGAGGGGGGCUGGGAGCGCAACAUCGACCCCGUGUACGUGCGCCCGGCCACCCUAGACAUGAACGAGAAGCGAGCCACGUUUGGUAGGUGCGUCCAUUGCGGCAGCCUGCGCGUGGACUGCCAGCAGGAGUGCGAGUACUUCACCUCGCGACCCCGGGCAACGCAGCAAGGCUUGUACCUCAUAGAGGAGAGAAGCGAGGAAGACGGGGGUGUGGGAGGGAGCUCCCGCGGAAAGGAGCGGCGGCGUGCUGAGCGCGACCAACACCGUCGUCGCCGUCGUCGCCGUCACGAUGGUCGUUCACGGGCGUCGCAGGAGGAGGGCGGGGAUAUCGACGACCGAGAGAGGGGGCACGCGGACAGCCAAACGCGACGGCGGCACCUCCCCCAAGACUGGGACGAGGAAGGGGAGCCCGUUCCAGGCAGCAGCGAGGAGGAGGAGGAGGAGAGAGAAGACGGAGGCGCCGACCGAGAUAGUAGUAGAGGCGGUAGCGACAGCGACGGGGGGGGGACUACCGCGCCGCAGCAAAGAAGACGAAUCGGUCGGCGGCUGGCCGUCAGCAGCAGCGGCAGCGACGAAGGGACAGCGGACGACGCCGAGGUUCCCAAUCGUCGGAGGCUCGGGGAUCGAUCCGACGGAAGCUAUGCCGGAAGCCAGUACGACGACCACGGCCACGACCACGACUCCGAUAUCGACCUCCUGUAUGUCCAGCCGGGUGUCCGCGGCCACGGCGGGACUCUCCACCCUCGUGAUCGUCGUAGCCAGCGAAGCCGCGGACGCGACAGUAGUGGCGGAGGAGCCAGUGAUACCGAGCAAGACUCGGGGCUGGAACAGGGCGAGGAGGAGGGAGAGGGAGAGAUGAGCGUCUCCUCUGAAUCGGGCCGCAGCGGUGGUGGUGACGAGGGGGGCGUCGGGGGGGCGUUCCUGCAGGCGGAGGGGGACGAGGACGAGCUCCCGCCGGACAUUCGGGAUCCCACGCGAGGGGUCAAGGACCCCGGCGUGCUCCAGGCGAGGCUGGAGGAGUUGCUGAAGCAGAUGGAGGCGGGCGACGUGACGAAGCUUGAGGAAGACGUUGCUGCGGCGUGCCGGUGCGUGGAGUCGGCGACCGCGCCCGGCGCCACCAGCACAGCCGCCUUGGUCUCCUCCCUCAGAGCCGACCUGCAGGACCUCUUGGACAGGCGUGACCAGUUCGGUGGGGAGGGGGGGCGUCGAGGCAAGAAGCGUCCCCGACGGCGGGCAUCGUCCGGCGGCGGGAAGGAGAGGAGGAAGCGCGCCGCCGCUCGUCCUCGUGCCGGGGCUAUCGCAGAAGAAGGCGACGAUGGGACCAGCACCGGUUGGGAGAACAACCGUGGUGGAGGGUCGGGGUGGGGAAGAAGAGGAGCCGCGGCGCUCAGACCGGCUCCACGGCUCAACGCUCUGGCAGGAGCGGCGGCGGCGGUGGUCGCCGCCGUGGGGCUUCUUCUUCUUCUUCUGUCACCCCCCGGCAUCACCGCCGACGGGGCGGCGAGAAGCGCGGCGGCGGCGGCGGCGGCGGCGGCGGGGGUGGACGUGGAGAUGGAGACCGGCGAAAGAGCCGCGGCAGACGACAAGGCGCUGAGGCAGCUGUACGACAGGACCCUGGCGCAGCAGCUAGCUCGAGGCGGGCCGCCGGUGAUCGGGGCGGGCGGCGGCGUGGCCGCGAUCACGGGAGGACGCUCGGGCAGUGCGGCCGCCGGCCAAGCGGAGGGCGAGCGGAGCGGGGUUAGGGAGCGGGAGGAGGGGAGGAGGGACUUCGCCGGGCGCGGCGGCGGCGGCGGUGGCGGCGGAGGAGGAGGCCGCGGCAGUCCGGGGCCCCGCCCGCUGCCCGUCCUGAUGGACGGGGUGGUGGCGGCGGCCAACCCCCGGCGGGCAGCGCUCAGUUUUGAUACCUUGUUUGCGAAAACUUGCUCUGCCACGACUGCGGCGGUCGGCAUGAACGGCAGCAGCGGCCGCAUGCUUGAGGCGAGCGGCGUCGACCCGUGCUUCGUGGCUCAAGACACGACUUGCGGCAGCGAUGGUGGCGGUGGCAGUAGUGGCGACGGUGGAGAGAUCGCUCGAGCGCUGGGCAUGUUGCCGCAACGGAUGGCCGACGUGGAGGAGCUCGCGAGGUCGCACGGUCUGCAAGACGAGGCGGAAGCGGAAGCCCUGGCAGAGGAAUGCUGCGAGACCAUGGCCGUCGUCGGAGCGAAGCUGCGCCGGACGCUCCUCCGCGCCCACUCUCCUGAAGCCGCCGCCUCACCGUCGUCGCUCGGGGGGGCAGGCGGCGGAGGUGCCGGUGCCGUUGGCGGUGGACAACCACAGCACCUAAGGCCAUCGUCGUCUCCACACCACCAGGAGCCGUCGUCCUGUUACAGUCGCAGUGGACCCGUAGCCACCGCAGUUAGACGCCUGGCGGAGGCGUGCGCCCCUGGUCAGGGCGGCGGCGGCGGGGGCGAGGACGACGGGGAGAGGGAUUUCCCGGGGCUCUCGCUGACGGCGGCGGCGGCGGCGGCGGUGCGGCCGGCGGAAAACCCGGGGCUUGGCGGCGGCCGCUCAGCCCUGUUCGGGGCCUGCGCAGCCCUUCACGUCCACCUGUUGGACUGGCUCUCCCUCAUGACCGCGGUAGAAGAAGACGAGGCUGUCGUUGUCGGUGGGGGUAAGCGGAAUGGUGGUCCGGCGUCGCGACCGGUGGGGUGGGAGGAGGAGGAGGAUGUCGGGGGCGGAAGAGGCGGCGGUGGUGGCCGCGGUUUCUUGGUGGACUUCGCCCGCCGGGUCUUGCUCGACCUGCUGUUCCUGUUCGAGAAGCGGCGGCGGUUGGGGCCGGCGAGGAGCGGGAGUAGGAGGAACCAAGCUGAGCGGCAGCAAGAGCAAGAGGCGUUGCUGUCCAAGGAUCCCUCGGCGGAGCUUCUGUGCGCGGUCAUGGACACGCUCGACGGCUCCGGAGCGUCGCCGGUAACGGCGGCGGCGGCGGAGUGUGCCGCGGCUCCGGGGAUGGUCGCACGGGUGUUGCUGGAGCGCGUCCUCGUCGUCGCGAGGGUCCACCCACCGGAGGUGGACCCGCAGGGAGUUGUAGAGAGGCUCUGGGUGGGAGUGCAGAGGAUAUCGGGGACGCUGUGCGCUACCGCCGCCGCCGCCGCCGCAGCAGCAGCAGCAAGCCCGCCAGCUACGGGGACAAUGGCCUCCUCCACUCUUGGAGCGGUGACGGCAGCAGCGGUGGAGGGUGGACAGCAGGCUGGAGGUGGCGGCGGGCCGGAUUCAAGGCCCGAAGCGCGGGAGGAGAGGAGGGAUCGAAGCGCCAGGAGGUUGGCGAGGCGGAAGACGUCGUCUUCGCACGCAGCGUCGACCGACCCCGGGCUGUUGCUGUCGGCGGCCGUGGAAGCUUGGUGCCUACCGGACGUGCACGGGCCUUGCCGCCUCCCGGGAUCGGUUCUGGAGGGGGGGGGCACCGCGGACGAGAACGAGGCGGCGGCGGCGGCGGCGGCGGCGGGGGAGGGGUCGGGCUACCGCCGCCGCGGUCGGCGGCAAGAAGAAGAAGACUACGAGAGCUUGAGCUCCUUGAUAUCGAUGGGCGGGUGUGUGGGCGUUGUUUGGCCGGCCUUAAGGCUCGUCGAAGUGCUUGGCUGA